AUGGUGACUGUGAGGGAGGCUCUGGUUCAUGCAAGGAUCACUCUCCUUCAGGUAUGGUGGAGGGUGUUGCUCUUUUCCUCUGUAUGGCCCAUGACUUUGUGUGCUGAGCACAAAGCCCCCCCAGAGACAGUGAUACCCUUGAGGGUAAUUGUCUCUAGUAAAGAGAUGAGUCUUACAGGCUGGAUGUCCUACAGUCUGCACUUUGGAGGCCACAGACACAUUAUCUCCUUGAAGUCCAAGAACUUUUUGGUAUCAAGACAGCUCCCUGUGUUCACAUACAGUGACCAAGGCAUCCUCUUUGAGGAUAGACCUUUUGUCCAGACUGACUGUUACUACCUUGGUUUUGUGGAUGAAGAUCCAGAAUCCAUGGCUGCUCUUACAACCUGUUUUGGGGGCUUUCAAGGCAUAUUACAGAUAAAUGAUACAACUUAUAAAAUUAAGCCCAAGACCCCCUCUUUCACAUUUGAACAUCUGCUUUACAAGGUAGACAGUGAAGAAACUCAAUUACACCCCAUGAGAUGUGGAUUAACAGAUGAAGAUAUAGCAGGGCAAGUGAGACUUCAAGAAAAGGAUAAGCCCACUCUAAUGCAAAGCAUCUAUGGGUCAUGGUGGUCUCAUGGAUUGUAUGUUAAACUGGCAUUGGUUAUAGACCAUGAACAAUUCCUUUAUCGGAAAAGUAAUACUUCUCUUGUGUUAAAAGAUGUAUUCGACAUUAUGAAUGGGAUAAAUCUCUCCUUACUUUCAGUUGAUAUUAAUGUGGCUUUACUUGGUCUUACUAUUUGGACUCAACGAAAUCCCAUACCAGUGCAAGACAUAUAUAGUCUCUUGCCAGCAUUUUGUUUGUGGAAGACAAGGAAUUUUAAUUCUCAGAUGGCAUAUGAUAUUGCACAUCUCUUCGUGAAUUAUACUUUUGGUGACUAUUUUGGCAUAGCCUUUGUGGGAACUGUAUGCAAUAAGACAUUUGGUUGUGGAGUUGAUAGGCUCUUUGGAGACAAUUUCCUUACCAUUGGACAUAUUGUGGCCCACGAGAUAGGUCACAAUUUGGGCUUGCCACAUGAUGGGAUACUUUGUUCUUGUGGAGAGGGACCAUGUUUGAUGUCUGCUAAAAUGGAGAGUUCCAAAAAACUCAGCAACUGUAGUUACGAAUUCUUGUGGGCAAACAUAGCCAAAAAAAGCUGCCUACAGAGGGAGCCCAGCCCUUCAGCUAUCUUCCCAAUGAAGAUCUGUGGGAACGGUGUAAUUGAUGAUGGCGAGGAGUGUGACUGUGGAUCUCAAAGCUGUGGACGUAAUAGUAGGUGUUGUCUGCCUACCUGUAUUCUGAAGUCUGGAGCUAAAUGUGCUUCUGGACUAUGCUGUAACUUCAAAUGCCAAAUCCAGCCAUCUGGCACUCUGUGUAGAACGAAGGAGAAUGAAUGUGACCUUCCAGAAUGGUGCAAUGGAACUUCAAAGGACUGCCCUGAAGAUACGUUUGUACAGGCUGGGACUUCUUGCCUUGGUAAUGGCUACUGCUAUGAAAAAAGAUGUAAUAGCCAUGAUGACCACUGCAAGAGAGUUUUUGGCGAAGAUGCCUUGAAAGCACCUGAAAUAUGCUACAAGGAGCUCAAUACUCGUGGUGAUCGCUUUGGUAACUGUGGACUCAAGGACAACGGGUAUGUGAAAUGUGGGACCUCAGACAUCCUCUGUGGGAGGAUUCAGUGUGCCAGAGUGAAAUCAUUUCCUAUUCUGAAAAGUCAUUACACUGUUCACUGGACUCGUUUCAAUGAUGCUUCCUGCUGGAGUACCGACUACCACUUGGGGAUGAAAAUCGAUGACCUUGGUGACAUAAAAGAUGGCACAAACUGUGGUCCACAGCAUGUGUGCAUCAGCAGAAAGUGUGUUAAUAAGCCGAGUUGGAAAAGUGAUUGUUCACCAGACACUUGCAACAAGAGAGGAAUCUGCAAUAAUAAACAGCACUGUCAUUGCGAUUAUGGCUGGAGCCCACCACUCUGUGUGGAAAAUGGGACUGGAGGAAGCAUUGACAGUGGCAGUCCUGCACCCGAGGACCCUAACGCAAACACAAGGGGAGGCAUAGGAAAAUUCAUAAUUUUGCUACUUCCUAUUAUUUUUGUGGUUGCAGUUUUGUCUCUAUUGUUUUACCUGUUUAAAACCAAUAGACUACCACUUGGAGGAGAUAAACAGGCUAAAAAAGGUGAAGAGGCCAAACCCCCAGAAGAGGAAGCAUAA